UCCAGGUCGCGCAGGAUUUCUGCAGGUCACUGGCGCGCGUGGUCACUGGCACGCGUGCUUCGGCAGAGCAGUGGUCACCGUCUCCCGGAGCCCACACGCCGCUCUCUGUCGGAAGAGGGCACCCAGCCGGGCUCUUUAGGGGCCCUCCCAUGGCUUCACAGGAGACGGGGGAGACAGUGACCAAAGGAACCGGGUUCUGGCGCUGCACCAAGCCAACCACUUACACCCCAGGGACCUAUGAGCUGCUUAGAGUGAUGAUGAAGGAAUCCAAACUGACUAACUUCCAGCAGCGCCACAUCAUGGACACCAUGAAAAGAGGAGACACUUUGCCUCUACAAUGCAGCCCAACAUCCAGCCAGAGGGUCUCCCCUUCCAAGCAGCCAGCCUCGCCCAUCUACCUGCCUCCCAUCCUGGCAGCCCAUUCCCACCUGCGGCCCGCCAGCGUGUGCCGAGCCAACGGAGCCUACAGCCGGGAGCAGUUCAGGCCUCAAGCCACCCGAGAUCUAGAGAAGGAGAAACGAAGACUCCAAAGUAUCUUUGCCACUGGGAAGGACCCAGAGGAGCAGAAAAGAAAGGCCCCUCCUGUGCAACAGGAGGCCCCAGCCCCUGAGCUGGACCGGUUUGAAGAGUUGGUGAAGGAAAUCCAGGACAGGAGAGACUUCCUGGCUGACAUGGAGGCCCUGGGACAGGGCAAGCAGUACCGAGGAAUCAUCCUUGCAGAAAUCUCCCAGAAACUACGGGAGAUGGAAGACAUUGACCACAAGCGGAGUGAGGAACUCAGGAAGGCGCUUGCCACCUCUUAAUCUGCCUCCAGGGACAGGGGCAGGGUAGCCCAACCUUGAGCCCACCCCUUUGCCAAGCAGGGUCGUCCCCAGGCCAGCCCAGCCAUGUCAAAUGGUUGCACGGCACUGCCCUGGCCUGCGGUACUCCGGCACAUACACGGCGCCCUAGCCCUGCCCAUGGAGGUCGGCUGUUGGAGCCUCCAAGACCCACAGUCACAGACUCAGACUUCGAGUCUUUUCUAGGGGCGAGAGUCCCAUCCCAUCCACAGUGAAAGCAAGGCCCAAUCCCCUACCUCAGACGUGUGUCUAAAGGCAUGCCCCAGGCCCUCUUCCCGCCACCUCCAGCCUAUGUGUCCUGCCCAUUUAGUUUUCUGAACUUAGGAAUGAUUUCAAUUCCUUUCUUCCAACCUGUCUCAGGAUCUACUUAUUUGACUUCUUACUACGUUUGGCAAAUGUUCAACCACAAUGAUUAACUGCCAAUAAACCACAUUUAACAUGGGUCAUUACACGUACUAUUUUGUUUUCAGAGGGAUAAGGCUUAUUUGUCCAAGGAGUUAGAAUUUGUCAAGCACAGAUGGCUUCUAGCUACCUCUUUGCAUAUUUCAAGUGGAAAAGGGAACCACUGCUCUUGAGUGCCCCACGGCUGGGCACUGCGGAGGUGCUGAAUUUCACUCUCAAUUAUCUCAGUAAACUUCUGGGGUGGUUCAUUAUCCUUCCGUGAAAAUUAAGGCUCACCAAGAUACUCCAACCAAGGGCAUUUAACUAGCAAGUAGCCUACCCAGGUUUACGGUUAGCUUUAUGUAUUUCCACUAAACCCAUGACCUACAGAAAGAAACACAAAGGGUGGGAGGAAGCACAAAGGGUCCAGACAGAAAGAGCCCUGGCUUUGGAGCUCCAAGCCCAGCAUGUGCCAUGUGACCUUGGGCAGAACCCACAGCCUCAGUGCCCGUUUGCCUAUCUGUGAGGCCCUUGAAGAGUCACCUGACAAGGUGAGCAGCCCCCAUCCCUGGCCUGGUGCACAGUUCACUGGUCCCCUUCCUUCUGGCUUCUGGCACCCAUGAGCCUUCUCCAGUGUACUGUCAUUUUCCUAUCUCCAUACAUGACCAAAAUAUUUUGGAACCAACCCUGUCUCCUGCACCUGGAGAGAGUCACAGAAUCCUAUCAGGUCACAUGACCCAAGUUUUGGUUUGCAGAAUAAAUACGGUCCUCUAAGUGGAGAGGCCCAGAUCAAGGCUGGCUCAGGGAUGUCGCAUGGGAAGCCUGUGCCCACACACCCUCGGGAACCUGAGGGCAGAGGGUGUGAUACGAUGGGAACAGCUGUCCUCCACCUCGAAGACCCCACCAUGUGGCAGCAAAAUGGACAACCCCAGGACAAAUUCUGCACAACCUUGACAACAUGGUAUCUGCCUAUUCUUGUUAAAUUCAAAUCAUUUGUCAACAUUUACAAAUUACACAGAAAAGCUGGAUUUCCAGCUUAUGAAAAAUGGAAAACAUCUGGCAACACUGGGCCCACAUGCAUUUCCAGAGGCUACCACUGACUUGAGUGAGGGAGAAUGUCCCCUUGAGCUGUGGCAGACACUCCAGUUCACCCCUGCCCCAACCACCCUUGUCUCAACACCGAAACGGCCUGUUGGAGCCACCCCUCAGGUUACACCUGGCCCGGUUCGCAUAUGUUACCUGCCUGGCCCCAGAAAGGCCUUGGCGUUGGUGGCCCCAGCUCCAGGUCAACGGGCAUGUUUGGGAGGAGGCUGCCAGGGGCUGCACAGGCUCCCUGCAGAGGAAGAGGAUGCUGCCCAGUGGCAGGGAGUGAGGGUCAAGGUCCCUCUGGGAGGACAGCCCCAACAUGGGCCUGGGCUCU